GUUUCUCCGGGUCUCUCUCACCGUCGGUGCUUCAUUCAGUAAAUGUUGGAUAGUUUGACUCUGGAAGAGUUGGAUUCGAUGCAGCUGCCACUGUUGAUUUAUUUUAGCCUCAUUUUGAUUGUAGUCUCAAAGGAUCAGAACUCAAAAGAUCCAGAAUGGAUUAUUGAUGUCAAACCCAGUAUUGAAGGACCGUCAGGUUCAACCAUCACCGUACAGUGCUCGUUUUCCUACCCAGAGAGGUACCGCUCCAGCGAUGUUCAGGUUUACUGGAAAAAGCGCGGGACAAGCAUCUGCAGUGAGAGUGACAACGACAAAAGGGCGUUCGUUUAUCACCCCAACAGCACAUGUGUGCACGACGAUUACAAAGGAAAGACGGAGCUCACCGGAGAUCAGAACCAAGGGAACUGCUCGCUCAAGAUUCAGAAUGUCAGUAAAAAUGAGCCGAUGAUCUACUUAAGAAUUUCCGUCAGGAAUGAAAACUACAGUUUCUUCAGCAGCCCCGUCUCCAUUUCAGUAACUGGUAAUACAGCAGUGGACACAAGAUAUCCAACAGGUCCAGAAUUUCUCCCAACUGAAUCCAGUGAAGCUGCUGCGACUGGGGAGCCUCCACAGGACUCCAAAAUAAUGUAUAUGGCCACUUUCAUACCAGUUAUUGUGGUCAUUCUUAUAGUUGCUGUCAUUUUAUUCACCGUGAAAUGCAAAAGGUCUCAGGCUUUCACCAGAGAGGAGUCUAAGUAUUAUGCAAACUUCAGCAGAACCUCGUCAGACACAACCCAAAGGAAGUCAUCUGGCAUGAACGUCGAACAGACGCUGACUGAACAAAAAGUCAUCGAUGAACCCGUUUACAUCAAUCUCCAGGCCCCAACUACUGAAAUGCAGCAAGACACAGAUCACAAUGACCAUGUUUAUGGAAAUGUAGACUAUUCAAAAUAGUCAU